UCGCCAUUUUGCAGAGAGGAGCCGAAAUCCGAAAGGCAGCGGUGUGGGUAAACGUGCCCAGUGCGGCGGCAGGUAACGGAAUUCAGUCACAAUGGGGAACGUUUUUGAAAAACUGUUCAAAAGUCUAUUUGGGAAAAAAGAGAUGCGGAUUCUUAUGGUGGGUUUGGAUGCAGCUGGAAAAACCACCAUCUUGUAUAAAUUGAAACUGGGAGAGAUUGUGACUACCAUCCCUACGAUAGGUUUCAAUGUAGAAACGGUAGAAUAUAAAAACAUCAGCUUCACAGUCUGGGAUGUUGGCGGCCAGGACAAAAUCAGACCUUUGUGGCGACAUUAUUUCCAGAACACCCAAGGGCUGAUUUUUGUGGUCGACAGUAAUGACAGAGAGCGGGUCAAUGAGGCCCGAGAAGAACUAACCAGAAUGCUAGCAGAAGAUGAACUCCGAGAUGCAGUUUUAUUGGUGUUUGUAAAUAAACAGGAUCUUCCGAAUGCUAUGAACGCAGCGGAAAUAACAGACAAGCUCGGCUUACAUUCCCUCCGCCAGAGAAACUGGUACAUUCAGGCCACUUGUGCUACCAGUGGAGAUGGGCUUUACGAAGGACUGGACUGGCUCUCGAACCAGCUCAAGAACCAGAAGUGAUCAGAAGCGAUCCGUUCCCCGUGCGUUGCGGCAAAGUCAGCUGGCCUCUUCUGUGUGCAUGUGUGCGUGUGAGGAGCCGAGUGUGGGUGUGUGGCUGGGGGCGGGAGCAGCUUUCUCACACCGUGCCUUAUACAUGCUCUAAGAAAACCAGUCUUACAUUUGAAGAAAACCCAGUAUUACACGUGAAAUGCUACCUUCCAUUUCAGUAGCUCCAAUGGUCAGUCUGGUAGCGGAUGGAGGGAUCCCGGGGCCUGUGUGGCACAUGCUUGCCGGAGCGGUCCCCACGGUGGGCAGGAGGCCGGGAGCUGGCACGGGGCUCAGUCGAGCUGGGCCUGGCGCCUCCGCACAGAAGGGCCCGUCCCCCUUUCCCAUCACUGCCGGAGCUAGCAGCUCCCUUCUCAGUGCUUUAAGUCAAAAGAUCCUCAAGAGGAAAAGGCACUUGCUUCCUGCGGGUUUGAAGUUCAGAUCUGAACCUUUCCCUUAAGUUAUUUUCUUCCUGGCGUAAUGUGUUUUAUUUGAAGGAACUCGAGAUCUUUUUCAUUCGAGUAUUUCAUUCGAGUACCAUAACACUAGAAAAUUGUCCAGUCCUUCCCUCGUGCUGCCUCCCUCCCUCGUUUGCCUCUUAUUUGCCCAAUGGAGACCAUUUGGGGUAAAUAACCCAGUGGGAGGCCGAGCUUCUUGGCCACAGGGUCCUGUGGAGGGGCAGGUGCUUGUCCCUGCAUCUGUCUCCCCUGCUCAGGUUUCAGGCUCCCGAGGCGGCUGCUCCUACUUCUUUGCCCUAUGCUGAAUGUUCUGUGCUCUAAGCGGGAGGUUCGCUCCUGCGAUGGACUCGUCGCCAAGUUCAUGAGCUCCAUUCAACUUUUCGGUUUCGGUUAGUUUCUGUUCCCAGAACCACACACCUAUGAGUUCUGCGAGUGAGAGAGGGUCGAGAUGAAAUCCCCUGCCACCCCUGUGAUUGCCCCUGAGUUGGUGCUCAAUUUUGGUAUGAAAAUGUCUCCUCUGGACCGCUCUCUGCAGCGCCCGCCCCCUUCCCAGAUGGCAGUAAGGUCCUGCGUGGAAACGUGCUUUGUGUGGUCCUCAGAAUGUUUGUGAAAAUGGCCUGGACAUGAGCUCAGUUUCACAUGGUUGUCUAGAGUGCGUUUGCCCAGACAGCUGUUGGCCAGAUGUGUACCUGACGACUUCUACUACUUUACUCUUGAAAAACCCUUUUUCAAAAAAAAUUUCUAUUCAAAUCACAGAGGAGGGGAAUGUAAGGUGAACUUGAACAAAAGUAACCCUUGUUUAUUGAUAAUAACGAAGUCGCUACUACUAGGAAGAGAUUUCCUGCCACAAUCAACAUAGGGUGUGAUGUUUUCCUUUAAAAUGUUGACCCUAAAGACUGUUUGUUGCAAUGUUGGCAUCCAAGUCCCGAUUUGAGUUUUAACCGUGGAGUAAUUCCCGAGAGAGAUUUAGGUUGUGCGCCUCAAAUGGGCAGGGGCUGUGUCCUGUACUUUUGUAUUAACCGUGGAGUAAUUCCCGAGAGAGAUUUAGGUUGUGCGCCUCAAAUGGGCAGGGACUGUGUCCCGUACUUUUGUAUUUGUGCUUAGUACAGUGUACCUAGGACAGUACUAGGCCUCGUUAAACAAUUGUUGGUUGGACAAUAAAGAGCUUGCUUUGGAAGGAGGAGAGAACA